UUACACUUCAAACGCUCUCGUGAUUACGAUAGAAGAGUCGCGUUUACUUUAAGCAUUUAUUUGAAUGAUUAAAUUGAUAGCUUAACGGACAUGGAUAUUUGUAUCAAUUUCAUUUAAGUAAAUAUUUAAUGAGCAAUAGAUUGGUGGAAAAUCUCUUCUGAUUACUUUGGUUUUAAUGAUGUAGGUUAUAGGUCGGAUUUCUUACAAUAUAACACAAGACUUGUCAAAUUCUUUCGUUAUAGUAAAUGUAUUUGAGUGUAAAGUGUAUGUUUUGAUAUCGUUUAAUACCGGUAAAUUGGCUACGGUUAUGACUGUGUUUUCAUUUUAAAUAGAAAAUCCUUAAAUAAGAUUACAUGACUUGAGCGUAUUUGUUACCUUUUACAACCAUUAAAACGGAGUUCUUAUUUAAGAGGGAAAUAAAUAAGCGACAAGAUAGGGUAUGAAACCGCGACAUAUUGUAAGUGAAUGGAAUAUACCUUUAAAAGAAUGUCUGACUGUGCAUAUUUAACUUACCUGGGGUGUGGUGGUGAGAUAUGGAAAAGUGAUUAUAGUUUAUCAGUUUGAUUCCUGUGAGGAUUUUACCAUGUAUUUUGCGCUUGUGUCUGCAAGUUCCACAGAUAAUGUGGACCCUGGGGUAUCGGAUAAAGAUUCUAGUAAGGGAGCAGAAAGGGGGCAGAGGAAUUCGAGUAAUUCAAGCAUUAACAAACCCAGGGACAGGCUGUCGACAGAGAUUCCGCUAGAUUGUAAAUUAGAAGAAGAUGGUCCUGAAGUGUUUGCAUCACUGAAAGAUGCCGACCAAAAUCUUGUAAAUGAAGACGUUGACAUUAUUACAGACUCCGGUCCAGGGCCAGACAGUACCGAAAAUGAAGGACGAAAACAUCAUGGUAGUUCAGGGAGCUCGAGAGAAGCGCGAAAAUCAUCAUCAAGUUCUGCUUUGCCUGGCGGAGGGGUGGACAUGACAUUGAGUGAGCUGCAGGAAAUGGCAGCACGGCAACAACAACAAAUAGAAUCACAACAACAAAUUCUUGUGGCCAAGGAACAAAGACUAAAAUACUUGAAGCAACAAGAGCAGAAGCAGCAACAGUUAGCCUCAGAAAACGACAGGUUGCGGAAACUGAGGGACAAAGUUGAGGCUCAGGAAAUGAAACUUAAGAAGCUGAGGGCAUUACGAGGGCAAGUGGAGCAACAGAAGGCCAGCAAUGGAAAUCUCAAUUAUGAGCUGGAGUCCAUUAAAGCAUUGUUCAAUGAAAAAGAGAAAGAGUUGGCGAUGGCCGUUGCCAAGGUGGAGGAAAUGACCCGGCAACUGGAGGAGAUUCGUAGCGGCAGGGUCAAGGCCAGUACCAACACACAGAGUCCUGCGGCCCUUGCUGAACUGGAAAAACUGAAAAAAGAACUGAUGAUACGUAACAAGUUGAAUGAAAAUCAGAGUAAUAAGAUGGCCUCGAAUCGUGAACUGCUGGCAAAAAGAAAAGAUGAAUUGGCUCGGAUGGACAAUAGAAUUCAUGAGUUACAGAUGAGAUUGAAGAAGAAACGGUCUACAAAUGCUGAAAUGGCCGAACAGAAUAAAAACCACAUGAAUAAAACAAAUCAGAACAGUAAAGUUAUAAAUAGACCUCCCCCAAACAUUGCAGCUAUCGAACCUUUUGUGCAAGAGCCGCCUAACAAUACUGGGGGAUUUGGGAAAAAGGAUCCCAAAUACCAGUCCCUGCCUCCAAGUUCAAAGUUCAUGUAUUCCGGAGAAAGUGAACCGACAAAGGAACACAAACAAUAA